AUGGAGCGGAGAAAAGUAAUCGAUUUUGUCUGGGGCUGCGGCGCGCCUAACACUUCCUGCGGUGAAUUGCAGCCGGGGCUGGAGGUUAAACGGAACCUCAUUGCUGCCCGAGUCUCCUUCCACCGACCUGCCCCUGGCCGCCGGGGCGAGGGAAGGGGCAGGGAAGGCUUCCGCCACCCAGCCGAGGGGCCUUCUGCUCACAGUCCUCCGCUGCCUCCCCAUCGGGCUUCGGCCCCGCCCACGGUCCUGGUUGAUGACCCGGAGCCCCAGGCCCGCAUUCACCAGGCCUCCUACUCCUCACACUCUCACCCCGGCCUCCUCUCUCACGUGCACCCGGCCGGCUCUCUUCCCCCGGCAAGUCCCGCCCGCACACGUGUGCGCACUCACUCCGCGUCCCAAACUGGAACCAACCCACACCCGGCAUCUGCCCAUCACACUGGCCGAUCGAUCGUGGGAAUCGAGCAGAGGCCCUCCCCCCGUGCCUGUCUCCCCCCCCCCCGCCCCCCAAGUCAUCCAUCUCCCAUCCCGUCAGCCACCGAGGCUUCAAAGGCGACCUGGCCGCUGGAGGUCCUUCUCCGAGCGACGCAGAUCGCGGGCGGCCCGGGCGCGGGGGUUCAGCCAGGCCGCAGCCGCUAG